GUGAAUCGUUUACCGCCGGCCGGCCUCGACAUGCGUUAACCACAUGCUGCUCGACAACUACCCUUUCAAGUCCUGAGCAGUGUCAACAUGUCGCCAACCGACCUUACCAGCUUCGACGCAGACACCGAGCAGUGCCCACAGCUCCUCGACUCGCCCUUGCGAGCACGCCACAACCAGAAACGAUCCGUGACUCGCGAGCAAGCGUACAGCUUCGCGCUCCAUGUCUUGAUCACCUUGCUAGUGGUGCUGCUGUGGGGGGCAAGGAGGAGCACGCGCGAGGAUCCUGGCCUGCUGCCAUGCACCCGCGGGCAGACAUGGUCGCCCCUCCAAGACUCGAUCGAGUACGAGACGAGCGGCAAGACGUCGCUCGACUACCACAAGUUCAGCCGCUACUCGGGCCCGCCGUCGCAAGAACAAGACGACGCGUGGGACGAGCUGCUCAGGCCGGUCAUGAUCCGCGCCAGCCGCGCCGAGAUGCAGCGCGCGGGCGAGAAGUUCGAAUCCAUGGCCGCGCUGGCCGACGGCGGCGGCGGCUACCUGGCCACGAUCGCCGUGUACCAUGAGCUGCACUGCCUGCGGCGGCUGCGCAAUUUCGUCUUCCAGAGCCGCUACUACCCCAACCUCACGGCCGCCGAGGACGCGUACCUGCACUCGCACCUCGAUCACUGCAUCGAGUCGCUGCGGCUGACCGUCAUGUGCCACGCCAACCUGGCCCUCUACUCGUUCGCCUGGAUCGACCCGACGCGCGACCGCCCCGUCGCCACGACCAGCGCCCAGGCCGUGUGCGCCCGGUGGAGCUCCGUCGACGGCUGGGCCCGCGCCCGCAUGGUCUCGCCUAAUCCUGCGGUCCGUCCCCGGUUUGAGGGUUAG